AUGGAACCCGUUCCCGAGACUGAGAGAAUGGAGGAAUUCCGAUCCUCACCACUUCCCUCGCUCCGCAUACAGAACCCGAUAUUACUCCCUCCUGCCGUCGCCGAGCCUGAACCUUUGCGAAAGCCUCCUACUCUCCGCCGCCAGACCGAUCCCAGUCCCACUUCUCCGACCGCGCCGUCCUGGACCUUUACCCCUCUGCCCUACCGACCGCGGACAACCUCGCCCCUUUCCGGUCACCACACGAGAUCCAGGUCAGCAGCGAGCUUGGCCCCUCCCAUGUCUCGCACCCAGUCUAUGCCUGGCGUCAAUGGCGCCGGUCACAUACUGUUCUCACCCCAACUCCGUCCCGCUAGUCCUGCCGGGUCGCCCGGCCGCACGCGAACACCACGGAAGCCCGUUGACGAGGCAUUCCCUACUUCGCCUAUUCGUUCCUCCGUCUUGGAAUCGGAUCGUCAGACUGCAGACCGCAAUAGUUCUCCAAGUCUAAUUGGAACAACGCCCUCCAUGGUCCUGCCCCGACACCGUCGCCCGUCCUCACCCUUGCGGCACACUGGCCAUGCCAGCACUCCGUCGUUCACGAUGCCUACUACGCCAACGUAUACGUCCGCGGCUUCUUCGCCGUCAUUACGAGGAAACGACUCCUUCACCCAUGGCUACGGUGUUUCUGCUUCAUUCCCCUCCUCGUCAGUCCCGUCAACCCCGACAUCUGCAAGAUCGAGGAGCCCAAGUAUUUCUAGUCUUGAAACUAUACCGGACUCGCCCGAUGCAGAGGAGGCAGCUAUGGAAGCGGAGAGGAUUGCCCAGCUAAAGGCUGCCGCAGAAGCCACAGAGAAGGGCGAUGCCGGCGAGGCGAAGGGCAGGAGUGGUCUUGAUGUGCCCUUGCGUGGCAGAACGCUGGGUGGCUUUGGGUCGAGAGACAAACGAAAGCGUUGGAGUGUGUGUGGUGCCGAAAGACGACAAGACCUCGACUUGGAGACAAUCUGGGAAGACUGA